AUGUAUAAACCAUCCGAUGCACUUCGCGUCCUCAACAUCGUCCAGGGAGAAGUUGGGGGCAUGAAAAACAUGCGGCCGAUGAUCAAGGACUGCGAGGAUCUGUCUCAAUGUCGGCAAUCUAUGAUGGCGGUAUUUUGGCAAGGUAUCGACCCCACAGACACCAUCAAUUUCUCGGAACACUCGAAAGCUCUUAUUCGUAUUGCACAGGACGCCAAGAAAUUGGAGAAACGUGUCACACUAAAGCAACUAGUCGAUGAGUUUAAAUCCAGAAAGUUUGCGCAGGACUGGAAAAUGCUGGACCCAGCGGUAGCUUCGAUGUCAAGAAGGAUCUGUGACAGUAUCGUAAUUAAUCUCUUGCUAAGCGACGUUCUUCAGCCUGACAUCAGCUACACAGCAUUCAACACGAUUUGUUAUUUGACUCCUGGUCCGCGAGCUCAGUACUUGAAAAAGGAUCGGCUUCAAAUUCAUCUUCCACGAUGUCUAAUGGACGCGUCUGAGGGUCCAGAUGACACGUUUUUUGAGGCACCAAAGAAAAGGAAGCGAUCACCUGAUAUUAUUACGAUUGAAUGA